CAUUUCAUCAUAUUAGGCACUGGUUAAGUAAUUGAUCGUUGGAUAAAUAGAGAGACAAUACAGACUGUGACCAAUUGAAAUCGGGAAGGCUCAAGAAGAAAUAAGGGAAUUUACUGCAGUAAAUUCCCAACAGAAGCAAUGUUUGUUUGCAUUCAACAAGCAAAGAAUUGCCCAAUUUGAAUUUAGUCAGGUUUCUGUUAACUAUUUCCAAUUUGCUCUUUGAGAUAAGGCUUCCUAUAAAUAUAGUACCAUUUUUCUUGUGAGAAUCCAUCAGAAAGGACUCCAUUUUUCCGGGGCUUUGCAAUACAGCAGUGGUAAGUUUCAUUCCAUAUGGAAACUUCAUAUUUGUACCACUUUACCUUGUUGUGUAUUCAAUUUUUGUCUUAGAACUGGUGAUUUUUAUGAUGUAAAAACUUAAGCGGAAACAAAAACUUCUAUAUUUACAACUUAUGUCCCAGCCUGGUGCUGUGAUGGCAGAGGGCAUUUCAUUUUUCUGAGUUGAAAUCAUCACUUUUGGAACUCUUCUGAAUUGUGUGUGACCCUGAAGAUCCAUGUACCUGUUCCAAAGCCGAUAUAAGAGGAAUUUACAUUACGUCUGGAGUCUUUAAAAGAUUGACCAGUUUUCUGACAUAUAUUCUCCUUCUAUUACAGCCUAAAGACGUGAACUAUGAAGUUCUACAACUGCAUGUUGUUGUUGUCCCUGGUACUAUGUGUCAGUGCCCAGAACUGGUUCACUGAUGCUGGAUCAUUCAUAAGGGAUGCUUAUCUAGGCGCUGAGGAUAUGUGGCGUGCAUACCGCGACAUGAGGGAGGCGAAUUAUAAAAAUUCAGAUAAAUAUUUCCAUGCUCGUGGGAAUUAUGAUGCUGCCCAAAGAGGGCCUGGCGGUAAAUGGGCAGCAGAAGUUAUUAGUGAUGCUAGGGAAGGUUGGCAGAGUGACGUUAGCGGCAGAGGAGCCGAAGACACACGUCAAGACCAGGAGGCAAAUGCAUGGGGCAGAAGUGGAGGAGACCCAAACCACUACAGACCAGAGGGCCUUCCCUCGAAAUACUAAUGCAGCCUGUAAUACUUUACAAUGGUUCCAUUUUUCUACCAGCUGUGCAAAACC